AUGGUUCGCAAACGGAGAGAGCUGGUCGCUUUUCCGUGGAAGUUCGCGUCAGGUGACAGCUCUGCUUCAGGUGCCAGUGAAAGCGUGGGGAAGCAUAUGCUUGAAGCAUGCAACAACAACCUGGAGAUGGCUGUCACCAUGUUCCUGGAUGGAGGAGGGAUAGCAGAGGAGCCCAGCACCAGCUCCGCGGCGGUGUCUGCUGUCCGCCCGCACCCCGAGGAUGAAGUACGAGCUCCAAUUCCUCAAAAGCAGGAAAUCUUAGUAGAGCCUGAGCCCUUGUUUGGAGCUCCUAAAAGACGCAGACCUGCUCGCUCAAUAUUCGAUGGCUUUCGGGAUUUUCAGACAGAAACCAUCCGGCAGGAGCAGGAGCUCCGGAAUGGAGGGGCAGUGGACAAGAAGCUGACGACGCUGGCAGACCUCUUCAGACCUCCCAUUGACCUGAUGCACAAAGGCAGCUUUGAAACGGCCAAGGAGUGUGGUCAGAUGCAGAACAAGUGGCUCAUGAUAAACAUUCAAAACGUGCAAGAUUUUGCCUGCCAGUGCCUCAACCGUGACGUCUGGAGCAACGAGGCUGUGAAGAACAUCAUCCGGGACCACUUCAUUUUUUGGCAGGUGUACCAUGACAGCGAGGAAGGACAGCGGUACAUACAGUUCUACAAAUUAGCAGACUUCCCUUAUGUCUCCAUCCUGGAUCCCAGGACAGGCCAGAAGCUUGUGGAGUGGCACCAGUUAGAUGUGACUUCUUUCUUGGACCAAGUGACCGGGUUCCUGAGCGAGCACGGCCAGCUGGAUGGCCACUCCAGCAGCCCUCCCCAGAAAUGCUCCCGCUCAGAGAGUCUCAUCGAUGCCAGUGAGGACAGCCAGCUGGAAGCUGCCAUCAGAGCCUCGCUGCAGGAGACACAUUUUGAUUCCUCACAGGCCAAGCAGGAGAGCCGGUCAGACGAGGAGUCGGAGUCGGAGCUUUUUUCUGGAAGCGAAGAGUUUAUUUCUGUUUGUGGAUCCGAGGAGGAGGAGGAGUCGGAGAUUCCAGCCAAGCUGAGGAAGUCUCCACACAAGGACUUGGGGUAUAAAAAAGAGGAGAGCCGGAGGCCUCAGCCUGAGCCCUCUGCAAGGACUGAGCCUGGGACAACAUCAAACCACAGAGUCCUGCCCUGCAUCAAUGCGGGAGCGCUGGAGGAGUCACCUGACAAGUCUGAAAGUACGUUCCGGGGCCUGGACGUGAAUGGACCAAAGGCACAGCUGAUGCUGAGGUAUCCAGAUGGAAAGAGGGAACAAGUCUCACUGCCUGAACAAGCUAAACUUCUGGCUCUCGUGAAACACGUCCAGUCCAAAGGAUACCCCAACGAACGUUUUGAACUGCUCACCAACUUCCCUCGCAGGAAACUCUCCCACCUGGACUAUGAGAUCACGUUACAGGAGGCAGGCCUGUGUCCUCAAGAGACUGUCUUUGUGCAGGAAAGGAAUUAG